AUGGUAUUGAAGUCUUUUCUCCAUAUACAAUUUAAACUCAAGGAUUUGGGAUGUCUUAAAAAAUUUCUUGGACUUGAAAUCGCUAAGUCUGCCAAAGGCAUUGUGUUAUUUCAAAGACAUUAUUCUCUUCAACUACUUAAAGAUACUAGUUAUCUGGGCUGUAAGACUACCUUUGUUCCUAUGGAUCCUAAGGUUCAAUUAAGUGCUCAUGAUGGUGAUAUUCUCCCAGAUAUUUCUCAAUAUAGAAGACUUGUUGUCAAGGUUUGUACUUCUCUUCAAUUAAGAGCUUACUCAGUUGCAGCUCCGUCUUCUGUUCAUUUAAAAGCGUUCUCUAAUGCUGAUUGGAGCUCUUGUUUGGACACAAACUAUUGGAAGGAUAAGAAGCAAACUGCAAUUUCUCGUUCUCUGUCGAAGCUGAUCGAAUAUAGAGCUUUAGCCUCUACUGCAUGUGAAUUGGUUUAG